AUGGCAGACGAUGUGAUUCACUGCUUGGAGAACAUGAGGUUAACGGCGGAUGAAGAAGAAGUUAUUGCAAUCUCAGACAAAGGAAGAGAGGCUAAAAUAGAGAGUUGCAAUUUGAGCCUUAUAGGAAAAUUUCUUAAGUGCAAAACCUUCAAUAAAAAGGCAGCUAAGGGCACUUUAAGGAAAGCUUGGGGUUUAGAAGACAGUCUGCAGAUUUUAGAGGUUGGUUCAAAUCUAUUUCAAUUCAAGUUCCAGUCAGAGUUCGAUAUGAUACGAAUCCUGAGAGGUGGCCCAUGGACUUUCAAUAAUCAACUGUUGAUGCUUACGAAGUGGCAAAAAGGAAUGAGUGUAGCGAAUGUGAAACUUGAUCAUGCAUCUCUAUGGGUCCAAAUAUGGGGGACUCCCUUUGACAUGGCAACCCCUCAGGUAGCAAUGGAAGUAGGGAGCCAGUUGGGAAUAGUCAAGGAAGUAGAGAUGAGGAAGAGACCAGAUGACCUUAAUCUCUUUCUAAGAGUCCGUGUAUCCCUACCUAUCACCAAGCCGCUACGUCGAGGUGGAUUCAUAGUAUAG